AACUGGCUAGUCCUUGACAGAGACUGUGUUAAUAUAAGAGCAAGCCUAGUUGAGCAUGUGCCAGUCUAAAGGAAUUUCACUAACGAGGUGAUUUGUCUGUUUUGUUCUCCCUUCCCUGAGGGCCAUGUUAGCCAGGGGUGGGUUGCGUUUGCCAGCUUUAGCCAGUCCCAGCAGCCUGUGGAUCCUCUCCCCUACCGAGGAAGGCCAGGCUCCUGCCUACCGCCGGGCUUACACAGCUGUUGGCGAGGUUUACCCUCCUUCCCUCCAACGGAAGGUGGUCCGACCCUUCAGAGAGCUUCCAGGCAACUGGAGAACAGGCUGGCUUAACCUCUUUCACUUCUGGCAGGAGGGUGGUUUCCACAACGUCCACAACAUCAUGAUCCACAAGUUCCAGAAGUUUGGACCCAUUUACAGAGAGAAACUCGGCCUCUACCAGAGUGUGAAUAUCAUUAACCCACAAGAUGCUGCUACUCUCUUUAAAUUGGAAGGCAACUAUCCGGAGAGGUUCAUGGUGCCACCUUGGGUGGCCUACCGUGACUUUCGCAACAAGCCAUAUGGAGUGCUUCUCAAGAAGGGGGAGGCCUGGCGCUCCGACCGCCUCGUUCUGAAUAAAGAGGUCCUGUCUCUGAAGGUGAUCGACUGCUUUGUGCCCCUGUUGAAUGAGGUGGGUGAGGACUUUGUCAAGAGGGUGCGAGUCCAGAUCGAGAAGAGUGGCCGGGGAAGGUGGACGGCCGACCUCACCAAUGAGCUGUUCCGCUUCGCCCUGGAGUCCGUGUGCAACGUCCUGUAUGGAGCACGCCUCGGGCUCCUGCAGGAUUUCAUUGACCCCGAGGCGCAGAAGUUCAUCGAUGCUGUGACCAUGAUGUUCCACACCACGUCACCCAUGCUUUACAUCCCGCCCAGCAUGCUCUGCAGGAUCAACUCUAAGACCUGGCGGGACCAUGUGCAGGCCUGGGAUGUGAUUUUCAGGCAUGCUGACAAGUGCAUACAGAACAUCUACCGACAGCUUCGGCUGGACCGAGAAAAUACCAAGGAAUAUACUGGCAUCCUGUCCAGCCUCUUAGUACAGGACAAGCUACCCAUCGAUGACAUCAAAUCGAACGUGACAGAGAUGAUGGCAGGAGGGGUAGACACAACCUCCAUCACCCUCCAGUGGGCCAUGUUCGAACUGGCUCGCACUCCAGUAGUGCAGGACCAGCUGCGGGCGGAGAUCUUUGCAGCCAGACAGGCAGCACAGGGCGAUAUGCUGAAGAUGUUGAAAGCCGUGCGGCUGCUCAAAGCUGCCAUCAAGGAAACACUCAGGCUCCAUCCGGUGGCAGUGACCAUACAGAGAUACACAACACAGGAGAUUAUCCUCCAAGACUAUUUCAUCCCCGCCAAGACACUAGUGCAGGUUGGAAUUUAUGCUAUGGGCCGUGAUCCCAAGUUCUUCACCAAGCCAGAGCUGUUCGACCCAGCGAGAUGGCUGAAAAUGGACUCUACAUACUUCAGGGCGCUGGGCUUUGGUUUUGGGCCACGCCAGUGCCUCGGUCGCAGGAUUGCCGAGCUGGAGAUGCAGCUCUUCCUGAUCCAUAUGCUGGAGAACUUCAAGAUAGAAACCAAGAGAGGAGUGGACAUUGGUACCCAGUUUGACCUCAUCCUGAUCCCAGACAAACCAAUAUACCUUACGUUACGGGCCCUGGACUCCCAGCCAUGAAUGGAACAGAAGCUACCACUCCCCACUGAUUCUGUGACAAGGCUGGGUGAUGGAACCAAUGUCAACCCAUCUUGAGCCAGCUGAAGAGCUGUCACCUCUGUUUGGGACAAUCUGGGUACAUAUGAUUUAUGUCCUUGUGGAACUUUGUCUCUAGACAUAAAAAUUAGACCCUAGUAAGAAGAAAAGAAUGGGAGCUAGGGGUUGGGUGUGAUGGUAUUCUCCGGGGUGCAACCUGAAACUUGGGUACGACUGAGCCCUCUGGCCUAUCAGCCUGGGCUCCCUCGCACAUUGUGAUGUCAUGACAAGAUGCAAACCUCUGGUAGGUACUGCACUUACACAGACAUCCACAAGCAGGGACACACCCAGCUGAGUUACAUGAAUGCUUCUCUCAGCCACUCAUGGACUAAUACAUUUAUUAGAGCAUAAGCUUUCGUGAGCUACAGCUCACUUCAUCGGAUGCAACAUGAAAGCUUAUGCUUAAAUAAAUUUGUUAGUCUCCAAGGGUGCCACAAGUACUCCUUUUCUUUUUGCGAAUACAGAGUAACACGGCUGCUACUCUGAAACCUGUCAUGAACUAAUAGAGAGGCUCCAGCCAGUCUGACCAGUGUAAAUUUAUUACCUGAUCCACCGCUCCCUCAAUGUGGAGAGGCCAUAACACAAGCCUUUGUAACUGAGGUGAGAUUGCCCAAGCUCUUCAAGCAAACUACACUGUUUUAAGUAAAGUGUCACACAGAUUUAUUAGCUACAGAAAGAUAGAUUUUAAGUGGUAGGCAUAAAGAUCAGAGAACAUUGUCAAAGAAAAUAAAAGAUUAAAUGCACAAUGUAAAGCUUAGCCCUUAUUACACCAGGCAGUAUCAGAUCAGUGAUUUUCCCACCCCACUGGAUGUUACAGUUCUUAAUAUACAGGCUUCUCAUUAAGUCUGGACCAGUGUCCCCAGAUGACCAUCAUCUUCUUGGUGUGCCUGCUGCUUCCAGCGUACAUGUGGAAGGAGAAAGGCCAAGAUACGCUGCAACUCUUCCUUAUUUUAUACCCUCAGUCCAUGUGAUACUUGCCCAGAUAUGUCCCGGUGAGCUUUGCUAAAUCACAGUGAUAGAGUAAACCCCCAUUGUGUGCACUUGGGUGACUGUCAUUUGACUGUAAAUCCCUUGAGUACAGCACCCCUGCUGAUUAAUGGUCAUGGAGCACCAUCCUGGGCGUGUGUCCUUUGUAUAUCACCUGCAAAUUUACAGCAUAUUUCAGUAACAACCAUA